AUGGGAGCGAAGUCAAAGUACGUGAUCGUCCAAUUGGCGAGCGUUAUCACUGGUUCCACGAGAGUGUGGGUUAGAGAGAGAGCUGCAGAGAAGUUUUCUGGGAUAUUUCAUGAUCCGGCUUUGGGUAGAAGCUGUCUGUUCGAGGAGUUUCGACGAAUCAAGGGGAAGAACGAGCUUCCGAAACGGGUGAAGGCGAUGUAUAAUAUAGCAAAUUGA